UGUAUUUUCCGGGGGGACCUCUCAGAGCCGAUCAUGGCGACGCUCGGCGGUAGUCGCGGGGAUCGUCUCGGCAAUUCUAACCAACACAAGACUUCUCUUGCUUCUCCAGAGAAAGUCCGUGAACUUCUUAACGAGGGAGUAUCUGCAGGAGACAACGCUUCCAACAGUGGACAAGGAGAUCUGAAAGUUCUUGAAGUGAAAAACGGCGCUCAAGCCCCUUGCGAGGCAACAAACAAAGAGGCUUUUUUCUCAAGAGUGGAGUCAUAUUCAUGUUUGAAAUGGGCCGGCAAACCCCGCAUCCUGUCCCCUCUGAUGUGCGCCCGAUACGGCUGGAUCAACGUCGGCUGUGAUAUGCUCAAGUGCUCCAGCUGCCAGGCUUUCCUUUGUGCAACACUACAACCGGCUCUCGACUUCGAAAAAUACGAAACCCGCAUUGCAGAGAUAUCCAGGCAGCUUCGCACACAACAUGAAAAGUUUUGUCCUUGGCCUGACUUUCCGUGUCCAGAGCGGUUCUGGCUGGUUCCAGCGUGUGAACCAUCAACACUCCUUAAUGCCUUUUUGGAGCGCUUCCAGAGCGCCUGUCACCUUGCACAUCAGCUGCCAGCCAUGAAGCCAGAGCAGCUGAAGUCCAUGUCUUUGACAGAGGAUGUUAUCAGUGCUAUACUGCAGCUGAUUGAGGACGAACAAAAAAGAAAGGGGGGGAACCCUUGUUCUGAGCCGUUGGCUGUCCAGGUGGCUGCAUGUAUUGUUUCUCUCUGUGGUUGGGCGGCAAGCCCAGCCCUGCACGCCAUGAGUCUGCCCAUCCUCAUCUGCUCCUACUGUAUGCGCAAGGUGGGUUUGUGGAACUUCCACCAAAUGGAGGGAAUGGGAGGCGAAGGAGAUGUCUUGCCAAACACCGCAGGACAGUCUGUUCAAGCAGCAAGUCCUGGUACAACACCAACCCUUGAGGGACAGGGAGAUUCUACACCCGCCUCUCCCAACCCUGCUACAACUCCGUGCCGCAUGAAGCUUAGGAGCCAGGACUCCACUCGCUCUGACCAGGGUGAGGGCACCUCUUUCGUGGCCUUGCGUGCCCGAAGCAGAGACUCACCCAGCCCUAGUGAAGAGCUGCUGAGCCCUUUAACCAGGGGCAAGAGGCCUGCAACCCGCAGCAGAGGACAGGGAGACGGCUCUGGAACUGACAGCCUACACUCUCCCAAACGGCUGUGCUUCACAUCAGCUGGUGGUCCUGAUGGGCCCCUGCACAGAAAUACAUUCGACCCCCUCGGUCAGCACAGGGACUGGUGUCCCUGGAUCUCUGUGGGAAAGGAGAAUGAAGACCCAGGGGCUGUCCCCCUUUCGGAUGGGGGCUCAACACUUCAUCAGCAGGGCUGGAAGAGUGCUCUCGACCUCAUCAUGCCCCAAAAGAAGAUCUCUAAUAUAGAAGGAGACAGUCCAGCACAGGGCCCUCGUGACAAAUCAAAAAGGGUGUUUGCUAUAUUCCGCCAGUGGCAGGUAUCCUCCUCUGCAUCUCAGUAGACCUACCAACACCACUGCAACACGGAAUUGAUGAAUCCUCACUCUCCUUUUGUAGUACAGAAUCCACCUGACCAGUGACAGGAGUGUCAUAUAUUUUUAAUGUAUGCCAUCCCUUGAAGUUGUGUUUACAGUCAAAGUGUUCAUUGUCUUCAGACAUAUGAAUGAGUGUCUCCUCUGUGAACAGUGAAGAAUGUGAAGGAUACCCGUGGGUUUUUGAAACACACACAAGUGGUCUUCAAAAACAAAAGAAUACAUCUUAGUAUUUAAGUAGACCAUAGGUAAGGCAUGAGUACUAUUAUACAUGAAGUCUCCUAGCCCUCAGUGGCGCCAUCAUGGUCUGGAUUUCUGUGGAAUACAAGAUGCAGUCAAUCCUUUUUAAAAAGGGACUAAUGGCUCUACACUGGAAAGAUAAUGUUUACUUUCUCUUUAUGUUGUUGGGUCAUUUACAGUAGUGGUACACAUUAACCUCAGAUAAACAAAAACUGUGAGGAUGUCCUUUUUCAUGUGGUUACUGUUUUGCUUAAAAAUGAGACAGAUGUGAGUUAUUUUAAGGGAACACAAUCCUCUUGGAGUAGGUAGGAGUAAAAUCCUGAUUGUUACAGCCAAGUACAACUAUGUGCCACAAAUUUCACACCUGUUCUCAUUUCAUCCAGGAUGCCUGAACUUCCUUUUUGCCUUCCUGUGACAUCUCAUUGCUAGUGCAGUUCUCACUAUCCUGCAUGUGCUUUUAUUUUAAUUGACUUUCCUGAAGGAAUAAAAUACUCUUCUCAA